AUGGUGAUGGAUGACCUUAUGAAGGUUGCAAAAAGACACUGGAAAUCAUUGGAGAAGGUGGUAGUGUGGUCAGACGCGACCGACCCGGUGUGGCGCGCAUCGGGCCCGCUGGCGGCGACACGUCCGCCUUCCCAGGGCUCGCACGGUUCCUCGCAGCCGCUGUACAGGGAACACCGCACACAUUCACACAACGUCGCUGCCAGCGGAGCCUACAGCGCAGGAGCGGCGCGUAGCUGGUUAGAAGCGCGAGCAGCUGCGAGCUUACACUUGCGACGCGCGCGCGACUACCGCCACUGGCUCACGGCGCUCGUGGCACACCUUGCCAGCCACGGCACAGAAGACCAGCUCCGGACAAUAUUGGACGACUUCCUUGGUCCCAGCCACUGCACGUCUACGCCUAAGAAAUGGCAAUCCACUAUACUGGGCAUGAACAAGCACGAAGUCCUAGAGGAGAUGCUCUCCAUCCUGGUCCGGCAGCUGCGAUGGCAACGCCUCUACACCGAGUACGCAGAUCAGCUCGGCGCGCUCGCCGUCAACGGCCACUGACGUCACGUUUAGCGGACAAUGACGUCACGUAUAGUGGAUUUUGACGUCACCUCUAGCGGCCACUGACGUUACGUCUAACAGACAGAGAUGUCACGUCUAGCUUUCACUGACGUUGACUUCUAACGGACAUUGACGUCACGACUGGUAGAUAUUGACGCCACGUCCAGCGGACAUUGACGUCACGUCCAGUGGACACUGACGUCACGUCUGGUAGAUAUUGACGUCACGUCUAGCGGACAACGACGUCACGUCCAGUGGACAUUGACGUCACGUCUGGUAGAUAUUGACGACAGGUCUAUUAGACACUGACGUCACGUCUAGCGGACAUUGACGUCACGUCUAGCGGACAAUGACGUCACCUUUAGCGGACACUGAUGUCACCUUUAGCUUUCACUGACGUUGACUUGUAAUGGACAUUGACGUCACGACUGGUAGAUAUUGACGCCACGUCCAGCGGACAUUGACGUCACGUCCAGUGGACACUGACGUCACGUCUGGUAGAUAUUGACGUCACGUCUAGCGGACAACGACGUCACGUCCAGUGGACAUUGACGUCACGUCUGGUAGAUAUUGACGACAGGUCUAUUAGACACUGACGUCACGUCUAGCGGACAUUGACGUCACGUCUAGCGGACAAUGACGUCACCUUUAGCGGACACUGAUGUCACCUUUAGCUUUCACUGACGUUGACUUGUAAUGGACAUUGACGUCACGACUGGUAGAUAUUGACGCCACGUCCAGCGGACAUUGACGUCACGUCCAGUGGACACUGACGUCACGUCUGGUAGAUAUUGACGUCACGUCUAGCGGACAACGACGUCACGUCCAGUGGACAUUGACGUCACGUCUGGUAGAUAUUGACGACAGGUCUAUUAGACACUGACGUCACGUCUAGCGGACAUUGACGUCACGUCUAGCGGACAAUGACGUCACCUUUAGCGGACACUGAUGUCACCUUUAGCUUUCACUGACGUUGACUUGUAAUGGACAUUGACGUCAUGUCUGGUAGAUAUUGACGUCACCUCUAGCGGACACCGACGUCACGUCUAGCGGACAUUCCACGAAUUAAGACUCGCUCUUUCUCUCAUUAGGUAAUGAAAAGAGAUAUCAGACUACUAGGCUCUCCGGCCUGCUCUUACAUUACGUAAAGAAAGAGACGACAUCAAACUAUUUAUGUGACAAAUAGAUUUCUUCUAUUGUGUCGUGUGAACUGAGAUCGUAAUUUUAACUUUAAAAGAUGAGCGUCUAACAAGGUGACAAUUUGUCUCGUGCCUAUAAUAAAUAAACACGUUUAGAAAACCAGUGAAACCUAUCUAUUGCGGGAAUUAGACUACAAAUAGUGUAUCUAAAGACUAAAGUCGAAAUAAAUAGCUCCCAAGGCUUAGAAAAAAUAAUUUUUGUAGCUUGCAAGUACGCUUACGUUGCCAACUUCCUAAAACUACGUCCUUAUAAUUUUUGCUUUGCUAAAGUAUUUGAACUUCAAAAUAUUUAACAAUACUCUUUUGGUCCGACAAUUUUUACCUAUAGCUUACCAUGAGGCAGCUUUAGUGUAACAUUUAGGUAGCCAAUUAACUACAAGACACUUUGUCUUCCUGAAACUAACGUAAAUCGUAGGUCUUCGAGUAUUUAGGUAGAUAGAUUUAGAUAAAAAGUUUUAGGCCAUGUGUUGCAACUCGAAAGUGAUCAGCUAUGUAUGUGAUAAGCAAUACAGAGAAACGCUUCGUUCGCGUUGUGUAUUUAGAAAUUAUUAUAUCUAAGUGUAUUAAGAUCGAUAAUAUCUAGUAUACUGUAGGUAAUUUUCGAUUACAAUCUCCUAAAAAAAUGAGGUUUCUCCGUAACUAUAUUUCUG